AAGGCCAACCACAGCACCAGUCUGAUGCGUGGCUUUCUCAAAUCACUCACUGGUUGAGGACAGGACAUCAGCUGAUUGAGAACCGACAGGCUGGUGAUUAUAUUGUGAAUUAUAUACGUGCAUUAGCCUCUCAUGGGAUUCCUGGAUCAUCUUAUAAUAUGAACGACAACGACUUCAUCGGAUGUUGGCGGAUCAAUGAUGUCUUACCGACAAUCAGUGGUAUUGAUACGGAAUUGGAAAUAGCCUUGAAAAGUCGAACUUUUGAGCUCACUGCUUGUCACAGCCUUCUCUGGCACGAUCCUCAACAUCUUGUCGGUGGUCCAGGGCACCAAACGAGCCUUUUGUUGGCAUGCACCACUUUUGAAACUCAAGGGUUCUCCCGUGGUCGCUCAGCCGGGGCAUCCAACCCACUCCUAAGCUUAGGCGGAGGGAACAACCUCGUGGUAUUUGCUUUCAAAGUCUCCAUGGUGGAACCUUCAACCUGGGAGAUAUUGCUAUCGCCCCAGUCAGAUGUGAUCGGGACCACUUUCAAGUGCACGAAAAUCGAUAACCCGUACAUCAGAGCCCGUGAAUCGCUACCAUUCGAUUUGCGAACGGCUUGGGAAGAACGUUCAGAUCUUUGGGUGGACGCCCAAAUCCAAAGCCAAGGGGGGUUGAAGAAGUUCCAGUGUCACGAGAUUGUCCUUCUUAGCGCAUUUCCCUCACCCAGAAACGAGCUGUGGGCUCAACUCUCGGGACUCUCGCCAAGCACCUUGGAGAUCGUUCUCUACUAUUCGUAUUCCCAAUGUUUCCCAGACGAUUUGACUGGUGGCAAUUUAGCCCUUCUAAUCAAAGACACUUGCGACCGACCCGCGCUAGAAAUCAUCCAUAAACGAGGACAAGAUCUUGAGCGUAUUCAUGGUAUUGGAAAAGAUGUGUCCUUCUUAGUGGAAAAAAUCGUACACUGUGCCAACGAGAUUCUGGCUCGGCUCCGUCGAUUUCAUUCGAGGGAAAAUGAUGGCGCCCUGUCCAAAAUUCGACCUGAAGAGUACAUUUCCACGCUUCAAUGCUCACUCAAGAACGGCUUGAGAGUGGUCGUGUUUUCGAGUCAUCUGUUUCACCUCUAUAGCACCGUGGAACGAGAACUGGAAUUAGGCGAGCGGAACUCGAUCAUCGAGUUUCUCGAGUCCAAUAUCAUGUCAACCUUUUCCACGCUCCGUUCCAUUGGCUCGGCCUUGAAGCGGGCCGCUUCAGAGCUCGAUUUUCAAACCAGGAUCGAAUUGGAUGCUCAACUCAUUCCCGAGAUCGUGGCUUUCCUCCAGCAUGUGAUCCAUAUUACGUCCACUAUAAAAACCAUCACGAAAGCCGUGCUCGAUCAGAAGAUGAGCCAAGUCUGUUCGCAUUCCAAAAGAGAUUUGGCUCAGCGAGUGGCAUGGGCGGAUCUGAUGACCUUGCAAAGUUUCCAAGAUUACAUCACACUUCUAUCCAAGUUCGUCCGUAACAAAUUGGCGUUCUUCACACGAAUGGAACAAGGCACCUUGCUUCAAUACAUCGAUGUCCUAAUCCAGGAGCUUGUUGGCGAGCUAUCGCUUUUCAACUUGAGAGCCAACAACUUUUUGGACGUGUUCACUCAACGUAUUCACGAGGGAACUUUCAAGUUCCUGGCCGUCACCACAGCUGCCACUCUGAGCCACCGCUUGAAGGAAUUUGGCGUGUGGAUCCGAAAGGAAACCUCUCUCUUUGAAAAGUUGUGUUUGCUCAUGGGUGAUGAUCCUGAUUUUCGAGCCUCCUUAGUGGCCUUGGGCAUUGGGGAAAUGGCAAACAAGGAACAACAUCCUGGCCACCGAAGAACCCAAAGGCCCUUAAUUGGAGCCCUGGGUUCGCUCAAAGUUUGUCAAGCUUUUUUCCGCCCUCGCCCAGCGGCGCAGAGUGAUUUGGCUCGCAACGUGGCGCAACGCUGGCCAACCGAGCCCGCCACUCCCACAGCCACUCCCAUAGGCACUCGAACAGCCACGGGCGAUCUCACCAUCGUCAUCGUGGAGCCGGCUGAUGGAUGUGUGGAGCAAGAGUUCUCGUGUCAUCGAAUCAUACUCGCUGCUCGUUGCCCCUACUUUCAACGUGCUCUCACAUCGGGAAUGAAGGAACAAAUUGAAGGUCGGAUCCAAUUGCGUGAUGUGUCUGGAGGCGUCUUCAAGAUGUUUUUGCAAUACCUCUAUUCGGGAAUUACCCCCAUGUUCCCCGAAGCGGACAUCGAAACCAUCAUUGAACUCCUCAAGCUAUCAGAUCGUUUGGAAAUGGAAGCAUUAAGAUGCGAAUGUGAGCGGGAACUUUCAAGACGUCUCCACACACAAAAUGCUCUGAGCCUGUACGUGAUCGCCCACGAUUUCAAUGCUUCAAACUUGAAGGACCAAUGCUCUCGAAUCCUCUCCAAUGGAAGAAACCCACAGAGCUGGGAUGAUUGGGUGGACUUGGACCCAACGUUGAAAAUGGAGCUCGAGUCCAUGUGGCAGCCACCCCUCCUCCCCCUCUAUUCUGACGCAUUAGGAGCCAAAAAAUGAUGAUUUCAUUCUCAGAGGAUGACACCAUGCCAUCCGUCCUCGCUGAUCAAGUAAAGCCGUCUGUCUCCCUAGUUCUGAAGGACCAACCUUAUAUCUGUCUCCCCUUCUUGAAUGUGCCUCGUACUUGGCAGGUACAUCAAGAUCCUCUUAGUUUACCUCCUCCACCUUCUCCCUUCGGCUCCUCCGGCUCCUCCUAUUCCACAUGUUCUUCCUGUUCCUCCAGCGGUUCCUUGGAGAGAAAGAGUCCCUUCUCUCGUUUUUGCCUACCCAACCAUCAUCCCAUCCGAGUGGGCGUCAGUUUGAAAGGGGAGACUUGACAGAUUCACAAAGGAAAUAAUACCUUGGACUACCCAUGGGAGAAGGGCUGGUAGUACAGCUCUUUCUUUGAAGAAAUAUUACCGAGUAUUUUGCCUAAACAUGGUCCUCGUCUCCUUCGUCUUAUCUUUUGAAUAAUAUCCAGGGACCUGGGAAACUGACUCAUUGGGAAUUGGUUGUCACAUUUUCACCCGACAAGAAAGAAUGUUCGUUGCCACUAGGAUAUUUUACAGGAUAAUACCAAAUGAGCAUAUUCGACUGACCCCAUCAGGAUUUGGACAGAAUCUGCCCUAGGAUCAUCAUGUUCCAAGUAUGAUGAUACUGAUGAUGAUUGGCAGGUGUCAUCCCACGUGGAUCAAUCUCAUAUCAGAGUGAAUGUCAAUCAUUUGGAUAUUACAAAGUUCUUUAACAAGACAAAAUAAAGAUCUUUUUUGUUUUA